GAAGUGAACCGGAGCUGCGCGCGGCGCCGGGACCGAACCCUCCUACCCGCCGUUGCCGUAGUUACCUCCGUACCCGCCUGAACGGGUAUGUGCACGAGCGGCCAGUGGGCAGGCAGGAAGGACGGAAGGAGAACCGAAGGGGGGAAAGAAGGAGGGAGGAAAGGAAGGCUCCUCCCAGGCAGGUGUGUGUGGUGACAUCAGCACAGCAGAGGUGACGCUCAGGGACACGCCCCCUACCUCUCAGCCCCUCCCCUCUCAGGACAGUGAGAUUUCUUCAUAGGACAGACUUGGGGAGGAGGAGGAGAAGAGGAAGGUGGACUUUAUAACCUCAGUAAGACUUCAGGUGUUGAACCAGAGCCAGGUGAGGAGGAUUAGCCCCGCCCCUCACCAUGACAGACUUAGAGACCGAGUGUUUGAGUCUUGGGCUUCCCCCCGAUUGCGGGUCCCCUCCCCCGUCUCUGGACCCCUCCCUGCAGGUGGAUUGUGGCCCGGGCCCCGCCUCCUCGGCCCCGACGCCGACCUUGGCCCUGCUGUCCUCGGACUGCCCCACGCCCACACUCAGCUCGCUGGCAGCGGAGAUCGCCGAGCCGCUGGUGAUGCUGCCGUGCGUGAAGACCGAGCCAGAGGACGGGGAACUGGAGCCCAUCCGGACUGUCGACCUAUCCGAGAUCCAGCCAUUGUCCACCGCCGAGCUGGGCCAGGACCAGAUCAAGAUGGAGAUCAGCGGCCUCGACUACAUCAAGUCCGAGCAUCACGGUCACCACGGCAACCACCACCUGGGCCACUUCCACCAAGCCGAUGUCACAGAGAUGGACUACAAGUCGCACUACGAGCCCAGCUCAGUGUUUGACUACAUCUCCCAGGUGACGGACACUCUGGAGUACAUCAAGUCAGACCACCACGUGGACCUGCAGUGUUACUACACCGAGUCCGGCACCAUGUCGUCCCACCUGCCGCACAACGGCCUCGAGUCCAUUCACAUGGCCGAGCUGCGCACCGAGCUCAACAAGCUGCGGCCCGACGCCCUGCUGAUGGACGGCAUCGGCAAACUGGACGCUGAGUUCGGAGGGGCGGGGCUUUAUGAGCUGCAGACAGCCGACGAGCGGAAGAUGGCAGCAGAGGGGACGGCAGCGACGGGUCAGGGAGGAGGUCUGGUGAUUACCACUAAAACCCAAAGCCCGACGGUGAGGAAGCCUCGCAACAUGCAGGGGGAGAAGCCGUUCUCCUGCACGCAGUGCGGGAAGAACUUCAGCACGCUGGGAAACCUGAAGACACACCAGCGCAUCCACACCGGCGAGCGACCCUACACCUGCUCGCAGUGUGGAAAGAGCUUCGGCCAGGCGGGGAACCUGAAACGCCACCAGCUGAUCCACACGGGCCAGAAGCCGUACGUGUGCGCUCACUGUCCCAAAGGCUUCACCAAGGCCGACGACCUGCGCUCACACCAGCGGCUGCACACCGGCGAGCGCCCGUUCAUCUGCGUCACCUGCGGGAAGAGCUUCGGCCAAUCGAAGGAGCUGAAGGCUCAUCAGCUGAGCCACACGGGUGAAAGGCCGUUCUGCUGCCAGCACUGCGGCAAGAGCUUCAGCAAGGAGACGAGCUACCGCAACCACGUGCAGAUCCACACGGGCGAGAAGCCCUUCACCUGCUCGCAGUGCGGCAAGACUUUCAGCAACUCGGGCGUCUUAAAGACCCACGAGAAGAUCCACUCGGGGGAGCGGCCCUUCGGCUGCACGCAGUGCGGGAAGAGCUUCGGCCGCCUCGGACACCUGAAGGCUCACCAGCAGAUCCACACGGGGGAGCGGCCGUACGCCUGCCCGCAGUGCGCCAAGACUUUCAGCCAAUCAGGUCACCUCAAAGCUCACGAGCAGAUCCACAAACGAGAGCGAACGGACACGGCGAGCAGCAGCAGCAGCACGGUGGGCAGCGACAGUAGCUAAAACAAACGGACCCUUUAAACAAAGUAUUAUCCUCUUUUUUAUAAAUCGAUAUAUAAAUCUUUCUUACGUUUUCAUACUUUGAGCUCUUUUACAUUUUAUCUGUGGGCGGCUGGACGAACGUCUGUGUGUGUGUGUUGACGUCUUGUGGUGUGUCAGUGUGUCUGAGGAGUCCAGUACUCAUGUUGGAGUGAGUACUCACCGAUACACAAGCACAAAUACUUCAGUCACCAGUCUGAGUACUUCACUCGGGUUUUUUUUACUCAAACAGACCAGCAGCUCCUGAACCAUGACCUCGUUUACUGACGACCAAUCAGAAGCGUUCACGUCUUGUGCGCGCAGCACAGCGUCUGUCGCUGACGUCACAGUGAGGAACAACAGUGUGUUCUGACUGAAGCUUCACCAGUUUAUCUGGAGAAAGUCAGACACAGAAUCAUGAGGUGAUCCGUCAGGUUUGGUUCUGUUCAGACGAUAACUGAGCCCGACUCGUGGAGGAGGUCCAAAAGUCUGACCGCAAAAUAUCAGCUGAUACUUCAUUAAAACAUGCAAGUCCGUUUUCUGGUCGAGUCGUCAGUUGAGUCACUUUUUCCCAUCAAAGACACUUGCUGCGUCCAACCAGCUGCGACCGACCGGCUGCGACCGACCGGCUGCGUCCGACCGGCUGCGUCCGACCGGCUGCGACCGACCGGCUGCGACCGACCGGCUGCGACCGACCGGCUGCGUCGCUUUAAGACUCGGCUGGUUCCUUCAGGUGUGUUCUGCUCUGCUGUCGGCCAAGUUACUGUCAAAAUACAAAAUAUGACAUAUUACUAUCUACCUUCAUUUUAAAGUAAUAUAUUACAUUAUCACUGAGUGAUAAGUUACUUUCUAGUUACUUUCAACAAAACACCCAAAUAACUAUAGAACUGCAGUUGUAACUCUGUAGAACGAUGAAACCGCCUCGAUCUGUUCAAUGACCGAUGAGCUAUAAUCAAUAUGUCUAAUGUGGGCUGUUAUGGGAAGCAAAGCUUCUGUAAUGACGCCACAUCUCUUCUUCUCUGCCUGUAAUAAACAGCUGAUAUUAACUGUCUGUUGGUGCGGACGAGUUCUUAAAACUACAAAUUCUUCACUUUAGUCGGCGACAAGGAUUUUAACAGGUUGGGUAACAGAACUGAGAGAUAUAUUACUGAUCAAACGUCUUCUGACUGAAACAAUCAAUGAUGUAAAUAGUCUGUGAUGAAUCUUCAAGACAAAAUCAGUUUGUGAACGAGCUCAGAUCAGUUUACUGAUCGGCCCACUAACACUUUCAUCUUGGAAUAUUGAUGAAGUCAGAACAGUGUGAUUAAUUCUCACGGACUCGUUAGACGAAAAUUAAACUCCUUUAAAUCAAAAUGUGUCUUAUCGGUACAAAAACAACGUCUCAUUCAACAAACGUCUCUUUUCUAAGAAUCCUCGUCCUGAGUCGGGCCGUUACUGUUCAGACUCUUCUGUACAAACAGCAGCUGGACUUUAAAUUAAUUAAUAUUCACCAAAUUCAGUUCAGACAAAUCACAAGGAGUGAAACCAACAUGUCUGACACGGUCAGCUGAUCGACUUUAAUAAGAUUCACUUCCUGUUGUCAGUAAAUUAACUUUACAGCCUUGAAACUCUCCGAACCAAACUGAGUCAGAUUAUUAGUUUGUGUUUUAUUAAUUAUCUAUAUUUGAUUUCUUCACUGGUUUCAUAUGAAAUAUGAGUGGCGCCGGUGUCGAUGAUCAGAACAGCAGCUCCAGUGAAGGUUCUUGUUCCUCUUCAGUAAACGAGGUUCUGGUUCAGAUCCCUCAGUUGGAGUACUUUGCCAACCAUGUGAGUACUUCUGAGUACUUUCUGCCAGUUUACAAGUGUUCUCCUUUGAGAUGUGGGUACUCGCAGGCAGACUCUGUUACUGUACUGUUAAAGCUGAUGAUAUAAUUUUGAUACUCUUUAUUGACCAGUAUUGAUCGAUCAGGACAUCACGAUGUGAUCUUUAUGUUGUUGAUGAUAAUCUGCUGAUGACAUUCCUUUAAAUCAUCGUGAACGUUCUGCCUCGUUGGGCUCCGACCUGGACCAAACACAUCAGCACAAAGGAACCCAACACCCCCCCUCCGGAUCGCUCACUGUGUACAAAUCUUCUAUUGAUAACUUCGUUCCUAAAAAAACAAAAAGAUUUUUUUUAAAAAACAGCAGCAAAAAAGACAAAAGUGAUGCAGCAUCUUGUACUGGAAAGAAUUAUUAAAGAAACUAAUGAGA